AUGGAUUUAUCAACAACAUGGCUUGGCGCGUGUUUACUGACACUUCUGGCGAGCGUGGAAGUCCCGGCGGAGGAAGGAGGGUCCGAGCUGUGUGGUGGCUAUCUGGACGCCACUAAUGCAGGCUACAUCACCACCCCCGGAUACCCACUGGAGUAUCCGCCCCAUCAGAACUGUCGCUGGAUAAUCACAGCGCCGGAACAGUCUCAACGCAUCGUGCUCAACUUCAACCCACACUUCGAGAUUGAGAAACUAGACUGCCGGUACGACUAUGUAGAGAUCCACGAUGGCAACUCGGAGUCUGCCGACUUAAUGGGAAGGCACUGCAGUAACAUCGCCCCGGCACCCAUCAUAUCAUCCGGGCCCUCCCUGCACAUCAAGUUUGUCUCCGACUACGCCCACCAAGGAGCGGGUUUCUCGCUGCGCUAUGAAAUCUACAAAACUGGUUCAGACUGCUCGAGAAACUUCACCAUUCCCUCGGGUCUCAUCGAGUCGCCGGGCUUCCCUGACAAAUACCCCCAUAACCUGGAGUGCUCCUUCAUCAUCAUUGUGCCCCCCAGCAUGGAUGUGACCCUCACUUUCCUCACCUUUGACCUGGAGAAUGACCCCUUGCCGGGCGCAGAGGGGGACUGCAAGUACGACUGGCUGGAAGUUUGGGACGGACUUCCUGGAGUGGGCCCACUGAUUGGUCGUUACUGUGGGACUAUGGUGCCUCCCGAGAUCCAGUCAUCCACGGGCAUUCUCUCCCUGUCCUUCCACACGGACAUGGCUGUGGCAAAAGACGGCUUCUCGGCCCGCUACAACAUGACGCACAAGGAAGUCAGCGAGACGUUUCAUUGCAGCAACGCUUUUGGCCUGGAAUCCGGAAAGAUCACCGAUGAGCAGAUCACGGCUUCGUCGAGUUUCUAUGAUGAAAAUUGGCUGCCGCACCAGGCCAGACUCAACUACAACAACAAUGGAUGGACGCCCUACGAGGACAGCAACAGAGAAUACAUCCAGGUGGACCUGUACACGCUGAAGGUGAUCACAGGCAUCGCCAUGCAGGGCGCCAUUUCCAAGGAGACGCAGAAGUCGUACUACGUGACCACCUUCAAGCUGGAGGUCAGCACCAACGGAGAGGACUGGAUGGUCUACAGACAUGGCAAGAACCACAAGGUCUUCCAUGCAAACACCGAUGCCACGGAGGUAGUUCUCAAUCGGAUCCCGCAGCCGGUUCUGGCCCGCUUUGUGCGAAUCCGACCUCAGGCGUGGAAGAACGGCAUAGCGCUGCGGUUCGAGCUUUACGGCUGCCAGAUAACCGAUGCUCCCUGCUCAGAGUUGCAAGGCAUGCUGUCUGGACUUCUGCCUGACUCGCAGAUCUCAGCAUCAUCCAUGAGGGACAUCCACGGCUCCAUGGGCGCAGCCAGGCUGGUGGCAAGUCGCUCAGGCUGGUUUCCCAACCCGACACAGCCCAUAGCUGGGGAGGAAUGGCUGCAGGUGGACCUCGGGGUGCCCAAAAUGGUGCGUGGACUCAUCACCCAAGGUGCGAGAGGGCUGGAGGGCAGCACCAGUGCGGAGAACAGAGCGUUUGUCAGGAAGUAUAAACUGGCUCACAGUUUGACCGGGAAGGACUGGACAUACAUGACGGACAGCAAGACGGGCUUUGCAAAGGUUUUCGAGGGCAACAGCCACUACGAUACGCCGGAGGUACGUCGCUUUGAUGAGCUGAUCACUCAGUACGUCCGAGUUUUUCCCGAGAGGUGGUCCCCUGCUGGGAUCGGCAUGAGGAUGGAGGUGCUGGGUUGUGACCUGCCAGAAAUGACCACGGUACCCGACACGGCCACUCCCACUCUGCCCAGGGUGGAGCGUUCCACUGCAGCAAUGAGACCUGCCACCACGCCGUCGCUGUGGGCCGUGUGUGACUUUGAGCAGAGCCUGUGCGGCUGGUCUGCUGAUCCCCAGUCAGGUGUCAGCUGGUCCCUGCACACGGCCGGGAGCGCUUCUGCCGGUCACGGCCCGCAUGAAACCAGACUGGACCUGACGCUGGGCUCCGACAAUUUCUCAGGGAACUACCUGCAUUUGGACGCGGGGUCUCACACCCUGCGCAAGCGCGCCAGGCUCCUGAGCCCCGAAGUGGCCCCCGAGCAAGGGCCGCUGUGCCUGGUCUUCUACUACCAGCUGCAAGGGGAAGCGCUGGGCAGCCUGAGGGUCCUGCUGAGGGACAGCGACCUGGAAGAGACCUUGCUGUGGACCUUGAAGGGAGAUCAGGGCUCUCACUGGCGGGAGGGUCGCACCAUUCUGCCCCAAAGCCCCAAGGAAUACCAAGUGGUGUUUGAAGGGUUCUUCGACCACCCGACCAGGGGCCACAUCCGCAUAGACAACAUUCACAUGAGUAACAGCAUCAGUCUGGAGCAGUGCACACAGCCUUUUCCUCCAUUGACUCCCGGCAUAACAAAUCCCAGGCCCGUGGAUUUCGGAAAAGGAGCCGACUUCAACAAGCCUUCACUGCGCGAAGAAGAAUAUCUUUACCCCGGGUGGCCCUCCUCUUUCUCCACCCCGGCGUCAGCUGACGGGGACCCCCCCUCCGUCACCCUGCUGUCGGACAAUGCCUGGCUGGACACCCUGGACCCCAUCCUCCUCACCAUCAUCGUCAUGAGCUCUCUGGGCGUCGUGCUGGGCGCCAUUUGCGCCGGCCUGCUGCUGUACUGCACGUGCUCCUACGGCGGCCUGUCGUCGCGCUCGUCCACCACGCUGGAGAACUACAACUUCGAGCUCUACGACGGCAUCAAGCAUAAAGUGAAGAUCAACCAGCAGAGGUGCUGCUCAGAGGCCUGAGGAGGACGACGCCAAAGCACGGUUCCUCCUCGCAACUGAUUCUAUUUCCAAUGGAGGAACGUGGCUAAGAAAGCGCUCGGAACUCCAAAUCCCCCGCCCGUGGGAGAGCGCCCCGCUCGCUUCUAGAACGCAGGAAAGGGUGUCGAUUGACCGAACACGAACACCAAUGACAAUCUGAACGUUGAGGCCUGGGAUGACCGGUUCCAAAGGCGGGAAUGUUCGCGUCUGAGUACCAAAUGAAGGGACAAAGGAGACCGCAUGCUGACAUUGUUCAAAGCCAAGUCCACACAUAUCAAGUUGAUGCCUUUCUCUUGAAGUCGCUUCGAAAAGAUCAACUGGGAAUACCGUACUUUCCGAUAUGUAAGCUGCACCCACUAAAUUUUAAAAGAAAAAUAGAUUUUUCUUUCAUAUAUUAAACACAACGGACUAUAAAGCGCAGAUCUAUAUUGGUACGUACAGAUUAUGUACCGUAUUUUCCAGGCUAUAAAGCCAAACCCACUAAAUUUGAGAAAAAAGAAACAUGUUUCCAUAUAUUAGCCACGCCGGACUAUCAGACGCAGAUAUAUACCGUAUUUUCGGAGUAUAAGUCGCACCGGAGUAUAAGUCGCACGUGCCGAUAAUGCAUAAUAAAGAAGGAAAAAAACAUAUAUAAGUCGCACUGGAGUAUAAGUCGCAUUUUUGGGGGAAAUGUAUUUGAUAAAACCCAACACCAUUUUGACAUUUGAAAGGCAAUUUAUAAUAAAUAAAGAAUAGUGAACAACAGGCUGAAUGAGUGUACGUUAUAUGAGGCAUAAAUAACCAACUGAGAACGUGCCUGGUAUGUUAAAGUUACAUAUUACGGUAAGAGUCAUUCAAAUAACUAUAACAUAUAGAACAUGCUAUACGUUUACCAAACAAUCUGUCACUCCUAAUCGCUAAAUCCCAUGAAAUCUUAUACGUCUAGUCUCUUACGUGAAUGAGAUAAAUAAUAUUAUUUGAUAUUUUACGGUAAUGUGUUAAUAAUUUCACACAUAAGUCGCUCCUGAGUAUAAGUCGCACCCCCGGCAAAACUAUGAAAAAAACUGCGACUUAUAGUCCGAAAAAUGUACCGUAUUUUCCGGACUAUACAGCCAAACCCACUAAAUUUGAGGAAAAAGAAACAUAUCUCCAUAUAUUAGCCGCGCCGGACUAUAAGACGCAGAUAUAUACGUUGUGAAAUGAGUUAUUUACACAGAAAAAUUUUAUAAAUGUUCAUGUAAGCCGCACCCACUAAAUUUUAAAAUAAAAAUAGACAUGUUUCCAUAUAGUAGCCGCAACGGACUAUAAACCGCAGAUCUAUAUUGGUACGUACAGAAAGAUUAUCUACCGUAUUUUCCAGACUAUACAGCCAAACUCACUAAAUUUUAGAAAAAAGAAACAUGUUUCCAUAUAUUAGCCACGCCGGACUAUAAGACGCAGAUAUAUACCGUAUUAUUCGGAGUAUAAGUCGCUCCGGAGUAUAAGUCGCACGUGCCGAUAAUGCACAAUAAAGAAGGAAAAAAACAUAUAUAAGUCGCACUGGAGUAUAAGUCGCAUUUUUGGGGGAAAUUUAUUUGAUAAAACCCAACACCAAGAAUAGACAGCGUGUGAAUGUGUGUGUGAAUGGGUGAAUGUGGAAAUACUGUCAAAGCGCUUUAAAUACCUUGAAGGUAGAAAAGCGUUAUACAAAUAUAACCCAUUUAUCAUUUAUCAUUUAAUUUGCCUAUGCAUUUCAUAAUUUUUUUGAUUUUUUUUACGUACACUGUAAAAAAAAAUCUGUAUUUGUUUACAGUAAAAACUAGCAACUCAAUCACCAGAAUAUAUAAAAUGUACAGUGUUUUUUGCAACAUAUUACGGUAAAUGGAAAAACUUUACCAUCGUUUUGGGGGGGUUUUUUGGCAACUGAGCUGCCAAUUUUUUACCGUUAAAAAAAGCUGUGAUACCAUCCAUCCA